CGUUGUUUUGUAGAUUCUGAGGGCGCGCGGGCAAGUUUUAAUCCCCACUCUAAAGGCGUAUCUAGGUCACCAUGGCAACUGGACAGAAGCUGAUGAGAGCUAUUAGAGUUUUUGAAUUUGGUGGACCAGAAGUACUGAAGCUGCAGUCCGAUGUUGUAGUACCGGUUCCAAAAGAGCAUCAGGUUCUAAUCAAAGUCCACGCUUGUGGUGUAAACCCAGUGGAGACAUAUAUCCGCUCUGGUACUCAUUUAAUUAAGCCGACCUUACCCUACACACCUGGCACUGAUGUGGCUGGGGUAAUAGAGGCCACGGGAGAUGAAGUAUCUGCUUUCAAGAAAGGUGACAGAGUCUUCAGUACCAGAACAAUCUCGGGGGCCUAUGCAGAGUAUGCUCUCGCAGCAGAUCAUACCGUUUACCCACUGCCUGGGAAUCUGGACUUCAAACAAGGCGCUGCCAUCGGGAUCCCGUACUUUACUGCCUUUCGAGCUCUGCUCCACAGCGCCCGUGUGAAAGCUGGACAGAGCGUUCUGGUUCAUGGGGCUAGUGGAGGAGUUGGAUUAGCAGCAUGCCAAAUUGCUAGAGCUUAUGGCUUAAAUGUUUUGGGCACAGCUGGUACUGAGGAGGGACAAAAGAUUGUUUUGCAAAAUGGAGCCCAUGAAGUAUUUAAUCACAGAGAAGUUAAUUAUAUUGACAAAAUUAAGAAAUCUGUUGGUGAAAAGGGGAUUGAUGUGAUUAUCGAAAUGUUAGCUAAUGUGAAUCUUAGCAAUGAUUUGAAUCUUCUAUCAUUUGGAGGAAAAGUAAUAGUUGUUGGCAGCAGAGGCCCUAUUGAAAUAAACCCACGGGCCACCAUGACGAAAGAGUCUAGUAUAACUGGAAUCACUUUAUUUGCAUCAACCAAGGAGGAGUUUCAGCAAUUUGCAGCAGCCCUUCAAGCAGGAAUGGAAAUUGGUUGGUUGAAACCUGUGGUAGGGUCUCAGUAUCCCUUGGAGAAGGUGGCCCAGGCUCAUGAGGAUAUCAUUCGUGGUAGUCGGCCUCCUGGAAAAAUGGUUCUUCUCUUGUGAUAAUUCCUUCUUCUAUAGUCUUCUUGUGCAAAUAGGAGGCAUUCUGUCCUCUAGACUUAGCCUACAGUUUCUUUAAUUAACAUUCAAUUGAUUUAGUGAGUUUCUCAUAUUAAAAAAACAAGAUUUUUUUUUUCUUUAGGGAACAGAGAAAGUGGAGGAAAACUUAUUUUGUAGCUAGCCAUAUUUUAUAUGCCUUUUAUCUCAAUUUAAGGAGUCGUCAUAGUAGGGAAACAGCAUGUUGGUGGUCAUAUGGCAUUAGCGUGAUUUCAGAAUUCUUGAGUGAUUCUACCACUUGAUUAAAAUGUGCGAAUUUAGCAUAAGACUCUUUGAUUUCCAAGCCUACUUAUUUGUAUCAACAGUUCACUAAUCUUCUCUGAUUACCCCAUAGCUGUAAUGGACCUGAAACUCUCUAGACAUUUUCAUACUAAUCUCAUUUGAACUUGUAAUCUUUUGGAAAGGCAAAAAUAUGUAAUACCUAGAGAAAAUUUUUUUAGUUUUCCCAGUAAUUCCGAAACUACUAGAAUAUGCACUGCAUUCCUAAUUGAUUACCAUUUCAUGCUUUUAGUCCAUAAUGCUAGGUGCAGAGUCACCAAACAGGUAUUUCUUGAUUCAUUAGGUUUUCAGAGUAGAUUUAGAGUUACUAGGUUUUGUGAUGUGGGUCACAUAUUGUUAUUUAAAUUAAUAAGUUCACUAAUUUUGCACACUAA